AAUUCAUUUGUUUUGCUUGUUUACUGUGUCCACACUUGCCAUUUGUCAUCAGAAGGCUUGCAUUGGUCCGUUUCAUAAAAACAUUCCAUCGCAGACACCGUCAAUCCGCUGAAUAUACCGCCAGGUCUCCGUUAGCUGACGAAAUGUGCCUCGAAGAUUCCGUGUAAAGGAUAUACCUUGCUACAUUGUUAAGAGCGUGUGUGCUCUUCUUCGCUCGUUCUCGCGGCUCCUCUUCUUCGUUCUCCUCUCCCCCGUUAGAACCCUAGCUAGGAAAAGAGAGAGAGAAGAGGGAGCGCUCGAUCGAACGAUGGAGGUCCUGGAUCCAGCUGCGAGCGUCACGGCACCAGCAGCAGCGGCACCGGCAGUGGUGGUGGACGAUCCCUCCGAUCAGCCGGUGGCGUCGCCGCGCACCCGGCGCCUGGUCACGCACCUCCUCCAGCGCGUCUUCUCGCUCAAUCGCAGGAACAGCAGCAGCAGCGAGGAUCUCCUGGCGGCGGCCGUGGAUCAGGCGCCGCCCAGCCCCAAGAAAUGCCCCUACUCGGCGGUGGAGAAGAAUCCCUCUUGCCCUUAUGUGUUCCAGAUGCCGCUGCAUUACCCGCGCUACACCAAGCUCGAGUAUGAGGCCAUGCCCGAGUGGCAAUUGGAUCGCUUGCUCGAGGAGUAUGGCCUGCCUGUCUCUGGCAGCCUCCAGGACAAGAGGGACUACGCCAUUGGCGCCUUCGUGUGGCGAUAGAGAAGCUUUCAUGAGGUAUCUACCUUAUAGUACAUGAUCAUCCAAGAAAAACCAUCUCCGAGAGAGAGAGAGAGAGAGAGAGAGAGAGAGUGAGUGAGUGCGUGUGAGGGACUAGAAGAAAAGAGAGCUCCUACGAUCGAUCAGGCUGGAAGGUCCACAGUCUCUUACAGUGUUUGUGUUUUUAUCUUCGUUGUUCUCUUGGAUCUAGCUAUCUCGGAGAUCGUUGAGCACUCUUGUUUCGAUUUCCUAGGAGGGAGAGAUCAUCGAUCUCUCUGUUCCACAUCGUGCCAAUUAAUUUAAGUUUUCUUCUUCUA